GUGUUCAUUUUCAUUGGUGCUUCGAAAAACUCGGUACAACAGACAUAAUAAACAAACCGCACGAACAUUCAAUAUGUAAUAUGCGCACACGCCACCAUUUCCGACCCAACACCGUCAACGUAUAGACUGGGCAACAGUACGAGAACAAGAGCUAGAGUGAGAAGCACACGGUACGUGUAUUGUUGCUGCUGCUGUUGUUUCUCUUCAUCGCAUCGUAUACGUCCAUAUGAGCGACGCAAAAUAGUCAUAUCGUCGUAUAGAGCGACACAGAGUGUGUUGUAGAGCAUAAAUAUAUAGAUAUAAUAUAUAUAUAUGUGGGAAUUGCGACACGAACGGCAAUGGUUCUACUUCAACUACAAAACGACAGUCAAAAACUCAGCAGUAGCGAUAGUACGGUCAAAAUCGUAACAUAAUCAAUAUGGCGGCAGAUAGUGAUAAAAAUAAUAAAAUGUCAAGACUAUUAAAUUUAGCACGGAAAUUCAAUUGUUUCUAUUUAUCAGGUCUGUAUAAUGGCGAGUGUCGACCAUUUGUUGUGGAUGGUUUACAAGUUGGUGUUAUACGACCGGAUGUAUUGAAAGAAUUAUUCAAAUAUCCUGAAGUGUUUGUGAUUAAAGACAAUGCAAAGUCCAAAGUGGUUGAAUUGAAUCCAGCGUUUCGUGACUACGAAUCACGAACUGAGUCAGUCGAUCGGGUGUUGCGGCAAUUUCGACAGGAGGACGUAUUUGUCGCACUCAAAGGAUGGCGAGAUGAGUUUUACGAUGUGAAAGCUGGUCACAAGGCAUUAUUGAAAAUGGAUCGAUCGGCCACAUGCUUGUUUGGUAUUCGCAAUUAUGGUGUCGACAUAAAUGGCUAUGUACGGCACCCAACGUUAGGUUUGUGUAUUUGGUUACAACAACGAUCUGACACCAAACAAACAUGGCCGGGUAAAUGGGAUAAUAUGGUGGGUGGCGGUUUAUCCGUUGGAUACGGUAUUGAAGAGACCGCAAUUAAAGAGGCCGCCGAAGAGGCAUCCAUUCCAAGCGAUUUAGUCAAAAAUAUUGUGUCUGCCGGUUGUGUAUCGUUCCUAUUCGAAAGUAAUCGCGGCAUCUUUCCAAACACCGAAUUCGUAUUCGAUUUAGAAUUACCGGUCGAUUUUGAACCAACGAACGCUGACGGCGAAGUUCAAGCAUUCCAACUGCUGCCGGCCAAAGAUUGCUUAGAAAAACUGUUUGCACCCGAUUUUAAAACAACUAGCUGCCCAGUUGUCAUCGAUUUUCUGAUCCGGCACGGCGUCAUUACACCGGAAAAUGAGAAAAACUUCACUGAAUUGGUUGAACUGCUUCAUGUUCCAUUGCAGACGUUGUACACUCAUGGAUCGACCAAUAACGGUCGAGAACUCUACGGAAACAUCGAAAAUGGCCACAACAAUAAAGUCUAAAAAAAAACAACAACAACAACAACAACACAUGACGCAUCAUUAGUUUGCCUACAUUUUCAUUUGCUGUUGUUCGUUACAAUUACCAUGUGGUAUUUUACUUUUAAUCAAAAGGAUCAUAUCCAACUAUUUUUUAAAGAAAUAAUAAUGUGUAAUAAACGGAAACUAGGCAUUCAAUGAGACACAACUACUUUUUAUUUUGGGUUUUCGUUGUUGUCGUAGCAAACGGUUUCGCGAAUUAAUGACAAUGUUUUUUUUUAAUCAUUUAUUUUUCUAUUAUUUAUUAUACGCAAUUGAGACAAUGAAGCGGCCAAAACAGUAUGUUAUGGCAGAAAAAAAAACAAUGAAACACCAUAAACCGAAAUACUCGGCAUAAUUGUUUAAAUCACUUCUAUUUAAAUAUGCAUGAUUGAAGUAUAUAUAUUAAUAAUAGCAAAGGCGAGUUCAGUUAGCAAACAUUCGUUCUUUUUUUUUCAUCGAAUUUUCCGUUUUCUCCAAAGUGAAUGCUGACCGUUUUCCAUGCGCAAAUUUUUAAAUGACACUUUUUUAAUUGUUUGUUGAUGCUUACUUGUUGUGAAAUCCAAGUUUUGAAACAGAGAAGAAAAAAACACACACACAGACACACUUUGAAUCUAAUUCUUAAUUGACAAUUUAAGGCAAAUGACCCUUCAAAGAGCAAAAUGUGUAUUUAUUCAAAUAAAAGAUAAAGAGAAGCAAAAAAUAAACACACACACAAUCCGUAGCUGUACGAAAUCGCAUAUAAUCUGAGCAAUAAAUAGAUUUUGAAUGGGUAGUCAAACAGCAGCAACAACAAAAAAAGUUUAAUCACACUGAAGAUAGAGCAAAAACAAAAAUUGUAUAAUCGACCAUUACAAACUCGUAGAGCAUGUAGCAUCAAAAUGUUUGUCAACACAGUCGAAUUUUUAGGGAGAAAUUGCGAUGAUUGUUUUGUGUGUAAGAGAUUAAAUAAACUCAACACAUUCAGAGACAGAGCAAGGAAAAAAAAAUUGUAUUGUGAUUGGUUGUAUAAUGAUACGGAUUAAUAGAAGACAGAAAAAUGGGGACGUAAUCAUCCAAGAAAAAGAAACUUGAAAAAAUAUUUGAAAAACUGAAAUAUUUCACAAAUAUGGGCCUUUCUUCUCUAUUUCCACGAGAUAUCGAUUUGUUUAGGUAGAAAUUUAACAAAAAAAACGAGUAGUUUUUCAUAUGAACAUUUUUUGUUCUGUUCUUUGUACGGAAAUCUUGCGACAAUGAUUUUUUUUUAUAUACGUAUAUAUUUAACGAAUUGUAGAUGUUUGCUGAUGAUCAAUUAGUGAUUCAUAUAGCACUUUGAUAUAAUGAAUCUUUUUCCCUCAUUUCUGUUUUCCAAAUUAGUUGCUUGAAUGAUUUCCGACGCACAAUAUUCAAGCCACACACAAACACACAAUUUCCGAUCGAUUCAAUUUCUCCUCGAACUUCAAACUGGACUAGAAAAUAGCAAAAAAAAUCGAUAGUUCUGACUUUGAAUUAGCUAAGACAUAAUAUUUAUUAAAUAAAGUAUUACAUUACAAUACGACUUCAAAUUCGCUGGACUUUCUCUGUUAAAAAUACUUGAACUUUUAAAUGUUAAGAGAGCUCCCGAAAUAUAAUUUCAAAAUACUAAAACAAACAAAAA